AUGGUUUGCGUGCGCGUUCUUCCACGCUGGGGUCUCGCCUUUCCGCGUCGCAUUUCCCUGUCCGAAAAGGCCUCUUCCUACUUCGCCGAGGCAGUAGAGCUGACUGCGAACCUGCCCGAGGUUCACAUUGACCUGCAGGGCAUGGGGCCCACACUGGUCGGUGGAGCGCUCACCCUCCUGUCGCAGCAACUGCGCCAGCUGCCUCGUUGUUUCAACAAUCUCGUCAGCCUCGAUCUGAGCUCCCAGUGUCAGCCUCUCUCCGACCUGCUUGACCUCUUCUCUGCCAGCGACAGUUCACCCUUCCCUGCGCUGCGUUUUCUCUCGGUCCGGCCGAUCGAGGACUUCCGAUCAGUGUGCGAAUCGACUCCAAAGCCCCCAAAUUUCGCCGCCCUCCGCUCUCCUCCGCGCCUUGAAGAAACACACUUGCAUAUAACGGGUGAGGUUUUGAAGAGCACCCUUGGCAUGAAGGCCCUCCUGCAUCUGCUCAACAAUGUCCGUGUUUUGGCCGUCUGUGAAGCCUUCUCCACCCAUGAGACAUGGUCAGGUAUCAUAGGCGGCGCAAACCAUUUGCCGUUCUUUCCUCGAUUAAUACUACUCCGAUUCACGGACGAGGGUGGUCUUCAGACCCAGCUGCUGAGCAUGCCACGCGAAGAAAGACGCCAGAUGAUGCCCUGUCUGAAGGAGAUUGUAGUUGGUGUCUUCUGCUGGAGUCGAAGCCAUCGGAGGCUAAUCACCCGAUUGGCAGCUCUCUCCGAUUACAAAAUCUACCUUUGUGAUGAGGGUGUAUCAACGCGAGCCAAAAGAGGUCAUACACCGGGUAGACCCAUUCUCUUUCCAAUCGUUCCAGUAGAAACGGACAAGUAUGCCUUUUAUGGAGACAAGUUGAGCAACCUGUCAGUCUUUGUGAACGCUGAUGCUGUGUCGCCAUAUCCAGCCAGUGGUAUCGCAGUUUCGGUGACACCAAUCGAGGCACAGCUGGCCCAGUCGCCUGAUCGCGUGCGUUGUUUGGGUCUCUGUUCCAGACUUGCGGACACGAUGGGCCAGGCCUCAGAGUUUAUUGGUCACUGUCAGAAAGUGGCCUUUAUCUGCCGAGAAAAGUUAACUUCACUCCUCAGGCUCGCUGGAUGCAAUUUGCACUUCCUCGCAAUCAAUCAUCAGAUACUGGCGGCCUGCUCCGUGGACCCCAUCCUACAAAAUAUAUGCAUCCAGUCCAGGGGCUGUUGCCCCAGUGUACGCUGCCUUCACAUCGUGGGCACAAUUUAUGCUGUGAGCCUUCCACAGGGCAGUAAGCUGUGGGCAUCUCUACGCUUCAUUUGUGGCCUGUUUCCUCGUCUAGAGCGGUUGCGAGUCAGUUUUAUGUUCGGUCUGGACGCAACCGACUUGAGCUUAGCCAUUGCUCAGUGUCCCCACCUGCAAACCCUGUUUCUGCAUAGAGUGCAAAUUCACCUGCAGGAGUUCCAGGAAGCACUACUCAGCAUCCUUUCAACGAGCAGGCAAUUGGUGGCUCUGAGUCUCAUCCUCGGACAGAUACCCAUAGGUGGUGAAGUCCGGGCCUGGACAGGUGCCUUUCAUUCCAAGACCUUGCGGUACCUGCAUUUGGAACUCUGUUCGGGAGGCGAGAUAUUUGUCAGGGAAGUCCUGAUGAUUGCUCAGCAGAUUCCAACACUCCUGUGGGUGGUUGUGAAGUGUAAUGACAGUCACGUGAUAGUGGCCAGUCGAACAGAGGCCUACGAUACUCCCGUGUUAAAGGAAUACCUGCGCCUGGACACACUCGACCUACCUGUGAUCUGCCCUCAAUUGUUUGACCUUCUGUGGUUUCAGAAAUCUAGCGUCUCCUACUACCAGUUCCCCAAUUACUCCCCUCAUCACUUCGAGCGAAUCAUAAAACCGGAGUUCUAUGGUCAGACGGUCAAGCAAACGAUUUAA